AUGGACUGUGGCUCCUGUUACCAUUUAGAUAUGGCGGUUGUGGUGGCUAUCUUGGUGUGUGAUAUCAUUCUCACUUUUCUGAUUGUUCUCGCUGUCUACUGUUUCGUCUCCCGUCAGAAAAGGACAACUGACUCAGUGACACAAGUAAAACCAUGUGAAUCUAGUAAAAGGAGAACACACACAUCAUCAAAGAGAGCUAAGACAGUGGAUGUUACUGAGUCCCCUUACCAGGAGCUCUAUGGGGUGCAGUCAGAUGUCUACAAUGAUCUUAUCCAGUACCGAAAAUGA